AUGAUUGAAAACAGACCAAUUAAACAAGUGAAGGAAUGCAAGACACUAGGAGUAAUAGUUGAUCAGCAUCUCUCUUGGAAAAGAAACACUGAGAGUAUCUGUAAGAAAAUCACAUCAGCCAUUUCUGUUAUUAGAAAACUAAAAGAAUUUGUUGACCGUGUUACACUUGUUUCUAUAUUUAACGCAAUU